AUGGGAAAGGAUGGUAACAAAGGUUUAUUCCCAUUAGCUUUUGCUAUUGUUGACUCUGAAACAACUGCAAAUUGGACUUGGUUUUUGAAACAACUGACGAAGGUUGUUAGUAGUGCUCGCACAUUAACUUUCGUAUCCGACCGUAAUAUUGGGCUACUUGAAUCCUUGCCUGCUGUAUUCCCAUCUGCACACCAUGCGGGCAAACGGUAUGGGGAGAUGACCUCAAACGCUGCAGAAUCGUUUAAUAAAUGGAUACUUGAUGCCCGUAAUUAUCCAAUCACAAGGUUGGUUGAUACAAUCGGAAAUCAAAUAAUGACUAUGAGGGCUGAGCGUAAAGUUUUGGCUACUAAUUGGAAUGGGUUACUUUGUUCGAAAAUGGAAAGUCGUGUUAGGGAGGUGUACUCCAAUGGUUGCACAUGGAUUGUUAGCCAGUCAAAUGAAGACAUAUACGAGGUCCAUUUAUUUCAAACGGUGUUGGUAGACGUUGGCAAGUGUUCGUGUUCUUGCUUCCAGUGGCAAUUGAACGGAUUCCCAUGUGCACAUGCAGUGGUUGCAAUACAGAGUAGUGGAAGGGAUUUCAGUACAUGUGUUGAACAAAUUUUCACCGUUGAUCAGUAUAAGGCCGCUUAUUCCGGAUACAUUCAGCUAAUACCAACCGUUGACAAACCCUCAUUCUCGGAAGACGACUUCAUCAUAUAUCCACCGGCAGUUAAACCUCCUCCAGGGCGACCCAAGAAGAAUCGAAUACCAUCUCGGGAAGAGAAACUAAGUCAGAUUAUGUGCAGUCGAUGUGGCCGCAUGGGCAACCACAACCGAAAUACAUGUAAAGAACCAAUUUAG